CCCGCCUUCCCAGGAGCCACUGCGGCGGGGCGCAAAGAUGGCGGCGGCGGCGGCGCCGGCGGCGGCCGGACACCCCUGAAGUAGCAGCGAUGGAGCCUCCCCCGGCUCCGGGGCCGGAGCGGCUCUUUGACUCGCACAGGCUCCCGGGUGACGGCUUCCUGCUCCUCGCGCUGCUGCUCUACGCUCCCGUCGGGUUCUGCCUCCUGGUCCUGCGUCUGUUUCUUGGGAUCCACGUCUUCCUGGUCAGCUGCGCACUCCCAGACAGCGUCCUUCGCAGGUUCGUGGUGCGGACCAUGUGUGCGGUGCUGGGGCUCGUGGCCCGGCAAGAGGACUCCGGACUCCGAGAUCAACGCGUCAGGGUUCUCAUUUCCAAUCACGUUACACCUUUCGACCACAACAUUGUCAACCUGCUCACCAGCUGUAGCACCCCUCUACUCAAUAGUCCCCCCAGCUUUGUGUGCUGGUCUCGGGGCUUCAUGGAGAUGGAUGGGCGGGGGGAGUUGGUGGAGUCACUCAAGAGAUUCUGUGCUUCCACGAGGCUUCCCCCCACCCCUCUGCUGCUAUUCCCUGAGGAAGAGGCCACCAAUGGCCGGGAGGGGCUCCUGCGCUUCAGUUCCUGGCCAUUUUCUAUCCAGGAUGUGGUACAACCUCUUACUCUUCGAGUCCAGAGACCCCUUGUCUCUGUGACGGUGUCAGAUGCCUCCUGGGUCUCAGAACUGCUGUGGUCACUUUUCGUCCCUUUCACGGUGUAUCAAGUAAGGUGGCUCCAUCCUGUUCAUCGCCAACUUGGGGAGGGGAAUGAGGAGUUUGCCCUCCGUGUACAACAGCUGGUGGCCAAAGAAUUGGGCCAGACAGGGACACGGCUCACUCCAGCAGACAAAGCAGAGCACAUGAAGCGACAAAGACAUCCCAGAUUGCGCCCCCAGUCAGCCCAGUCUUUCCAUCCCUCCCCUGGCCCUUCUCCUGAUGUGCAGCUGGCAACUCUGGCUCAGAGAGUCAAGGAGGUUUUACCCCAUGUGCCACUGGGCGUCAUCCAGAGAGACCUGGCAAGGACUGGCUGUGUAGACUUGACCAUCACUAAUCUGCUUGAGGGAGCUGUAGCUUUCAUGCCUGAAGAUAUCACUGAGGGGACCCAGUCCCUUUCCACAACCUCUUCCCCCAAGUUUCCCAGCUCUGGCCCGGUGACCCCUCAGCCCACAGCCCUAACAUUUGCCAAGUCCUCUUGGGCCCGGCAGGAGAGCCUACAGGAACGCAAGCAGGCACUGUAUGAAUACGCAAGAAGGAGAUUCACAGAGAGGCAGGCCCAGGAGGCAGACUGAGCACAGGAUGGUACCCAGAGCCGCAGGACGGAGACUGGGGGCAGCCCUCACCCACCUCAUAACAGGCCGGAUGGGUGGGUGGUCAAAAGGGAGGGAUGGGGCUCCCCCCAUUAUCACAUUAAAUUCAGGGUUUUCACUCAAG